AUGAUGCAAAUGCCGGGAAUGGCGUACGAGGACGAGCGGGCGAAGAUGAUAGCCUUUCCCGCCAUGCCUCCACCGCACAUGAUAAUGUCAGCAGGCAACCCGGUUUCGGUUAGAGCUGUCGACUUAAUUCCUCGUGAUGGCCUACCGCACGAGACUUAUCGCAUGGCGUUAGGCACUCUGAUGAGCUCGCUAGCUCGAUUCAACUACGCAAUCAUUCAGAUGCCACCUGGGGAUGAAGCCCUGGUCCGUUACACGCUAGACUCCUCGCGCGUUUAUUUCCAGUUUAAGCGGCGGCCGUCCCCGGCAAUGCAGUCCAUUCCGAGCGCGGACGACCCCCAGGAGUGGAACCGAACGGCAGGGUACUACUGCGAGCCGCAUGUGGGGAAGGAGGUGUACGAGUUUCGACCAGGCGCAACACCAAUCAGCGCAGUUCCGGAGGAUUCCAUACCUCCGUCAUGUCUGCCAGACGCGUUUGGGAGCAUGGGAAAGACGUCGAGGACGGUGUUGGAGGCGAUAGGAAGGUCUCUAGACCUGCGGUCGUACACGUUCACAGACCUCCUGGACAACGUUCCCCUCAAGGCCAACGAGAUCUCCUCCUCCGUGCUCUCCGUCACUUGCCAUGGACGCCGCUUUGCCAACGAGACGAUGAUGGACCCGGCAAUGGACGACAAGGAUCCUCUCCUCAUCCCACCCGAGGAUGCCGAGGCGCGAGCGGAGAAGGGGUUGGUGACAUUGAUCAAGUCGGACCGCCCUGGGCUGUACAUCCGCGACCCGCAGAACCAAUGGCUCCUAGCAGACGCCAACCUCGGCCCCAACGACCUUAUACUCAUUACCGGCUUGACUCUAUAUCAGGCCACAGGCGGGUACGUGAGCCCAGCGCUGUACAAGACGGACCUGGCGAGCGCGUCGGUGGGCAUGCAGGUGCCGGAGGGGCGCGCGUCCGUGUUCUUCCGCCUGCUGCCGCGCGCCUCCUCCAUCAUCCACUGCUCCGCCAUGGCGGCCUCGGGGCACGCGAUCGCGGGGCCGUUCCAGCAGCCGGUGGCGGUGCAGGACUUCAUGCUGCGGCAGCACCCCAUCGACCAGAUCGCCGCUGCCUCGUACAACGGGCUGCUGCGCCCCAUGGGCAUGGGCGCCGCCAUGCCCAUGGUCGAACCAGGGUCACCAAACGUGCGGCGGCGCAAGAAGCACCGCAUCAUGGGCAGCGACGGGCGGUCGCUGGCGCCGUCAAAGCGGCUGCGCAUGGAGGCACAGCGCGUGCUCAAGGAGAAGGUGCAGGACCUGGCGGACGCCAAGGGCAUCAAGAUCCGCUUCUGUAACCUCAAGGAGUGUGAGGAGCAGCACAUGGCGAUGGAAGAGCCGCCAUGCUCGUACCUGCGGCUGCAGCUGGGGUGGCCGGCCAACGUGCCCUUUGUGCAUCCGCACGACCUGCCCAACCGCGCCAAGCAGGCCUUCCUCGAGGCCUACGAGCCCGGCUGGUCCGAGCGCCAACUGUCGGAGCCCAUGGGCAUUGAAGUCGGCACCACUCCCAAGCGUGUCCAAGACACGUUCAUGGACCCCAUAGGCCCCGACGCCAAGUUCUCAACGAGGGCGGUGUACGAGUAUCUGCGCACCAACAACAAGCCCGUGCCCACCGGCAAGCCCCAGGUCGUGGGCCACAAGGUCGACAUCCCGCUGCUCUGCCGCAUCGCCUUUGAGGCUGGCGGCAAGGACCAGUUUGAGCAGAUCAACGGCUUCCAGCGCUUCAUAGCGGAGACGUUUCAUCUGGACGGUGCAACGGAGAAGGAGAAGGAGCGGGCACUGGAGCGGCUGCGCAAGCUGUAUGAGCAGGUGCUGGCAGACUAUGUUGAGACGCUUGUUGCUAACCAUGCCAUGGGCAUGGGUGGUGGGGGUGGCGGGCAGCACAUGGGUGGGGGUGAGCAGCAGCAGCAGCAGCAGCAGCAACAACAGCAACAGCAGCAGCAACAACAGCAGCAACAGCAGCAGCAAGUGCAAGUGCCGCAAGAAGGGAACAUGCAGCAGCAGCAAGAGCAACAACAGCAACUCAUGGCGAUGUGA